GAUAUUACAACCAUAUCAGAAGAAGUGAACCUAUCACUAUACCUGACUGGAAAUCAAGUAUUGCCAGAGGCGAGGCUGUCAUCAUGGAAAUCAUCAGGAAGAGGAUGAUACGCACCGGACUGAGGGUUAAUCGUUUGCGUUGUUUGAAUGAAAUCAAUCGUAGCUCUAAUCUAUUUCGCCACUCAAUAAGCACAACGGCAGUUCGAACCGCGAAACAAAAACCUCAAAUACCUAAAAGGCCUUCAAGACCUCAACAGCAAUACAAGUAGAGCUUCCACCUGAACAUACUAUGCGAGAUUUCCUGCUAACCCCCUGCAGAACUCCAAGUCCAAGACAAGUUUUGAACCCUACUCCACCCCCUCCUCCCCCUCCACCAGCGGAACAACAUCCACUUCGAGGUAGGAAAUUUGCCUUGAUAGGAAGUAGUAUCGCUGCCUUGAUAUUUGCUGGCUACUCUUCCUAUUUAUUUGUUCUGCUCAACAGAGAACCUACCGAAUCUUCUUCUUCUAAAGUUCAGGCUGAUGUCUCAUCCCGCUAUGAUACCAUUGCGUCUACAUUUGACUCGGAAGUUGACUGGACGGAAUGGAGUAUGGGAAUCACGAAGAUGCGCAAAAAAUUGGCGCAGGAAGCACAUGGAGAUGUACUCGAAGUAUCUAUUGGUACAGGCAGAAAUUUAGAGUAUUAUGACUGGGAUUUCAAAGGGUUCAAUGGUGUUGGGAAAAUUCAAAAAGUGGGUGGUAUCAAGAAGGGGAAAGUUAAGAGUUUUACGGCUGUUGAUAAGAGUGGUGAGAUGUUGGAAGUCGCCCAUGAAAAGUUCUCGACAAUGUUUCCAGGGGUCUUGGGUGUGAGAUGGAUAGUUCAAGACGCUUCCGAGAAAAUACCAGGCCCCCCUCGAAAUGCAAACGAAACAAGCGGGAAUAAAGAUGCGAAAUAUGAUACAGUGAUUCAGACCAUGGGAUUGUGCUCCGUUGCCGACCCGGUAGGAUUAUUGAAGAAUCUGGGAGAGUGCGUGAAAGAAGAGGAAGGGCGCAUAUUAUUGUUGGAACAUGGAAGAGCAAAAUGGGAUUGGUUAAACAGAGCGUUGGACAACAGUGCAGAAGGGCAUGCAAAGCUUUUCGGAUGUUGGUGGAAUAGAGAUUUGGGAAAGAUUGUCGAAGAGAGUGGGCUUGAAGUUGUGAAUAUUAAAAGACGACAUGGCGGAACAACCUGGAGGAUUGAGUUGAAAAAGCCCAAAGCCACACCAAAAGACAGUGGCGUGGGAGUUGCGACAGAAGAAAAGACACAGCAGGCAAGCAGAAAGGGAUGGUGGUAAAUAUCAAUCGAGCUCGCCUUUCUUUGCACUCCUCUCACUGUAC